CCGCACUGAUAAGGGUAUUUGCCUGUCGACCAGAUAGAAAGACCACCCCGAUUCCCGACGAAUCCCACACACACAUCUCCCAAACGUUUGUCCCUCUCUGGCCAGCUGAUUCACUUAACACAUGAAAUACAGCGCAGAUAUGCAUUGCACACAUGGCGACAUAUCGCACAUGUGGGCACGGAAUCGGGAAUACAGAUUGGACAACGAAACGGAGGGCAGAGCCGGAGCGGCGUUGUGAAAUUCCGUGAUACGGCUAGAGCCGAGUGGAAACGAUGGACAGCAGUUUACAUUCACCAUUCACCAAUUGCCGGCGAUGGCAGACGGACGCACAGCGGCAAACGGCGACGGAAAAGGAGAUGCACCCAGAUACGUCAUCCUGGACUGUGACGGUGGCAGCGACGAUGCCUGGGCGCUGCUCCUGCUGCUACAUGCAGCGGAGAGCCACGGCAUCCAUCUGCUGGCGGUGACCACGAUGGGAUGCGGCAAUACCAGCCGAGAGAGUGCGGCACGGAACAUGCGACGGAUACUCGAGGCCUCCAACCGAACAGACAUCCCUAUAUAUCUGGGCGCUGUUGAUCCCCUAAUCCCUUGCAGUGAGGACGAAAAGAAAUACUUCCAUGGCCGCGAUGGAUUUGGAGAUUGUCUUGAAGAUGCCUGCGAUCCGGUGGAGAGCUAUGUGCAGCCAAAGCAUGCAGUGACUGCCAUAUAUGAUCUGUGUCGUGCGAGGCCCAAACAGAUCACUGUUUUCGCCGUGGGUCCCCUUACGAAUCUGGCUCUGGGCUAUACCAUGUACGGCCAGGAGUUUGGGGAGAACUUCAAAGAUAUUUUCAUCAUGGGCGGGAAUUACCAGGGCGUGGGGAAUUCCUCACGUGCCGCCGAAUUCAAUUUCCAUUCGGAUCCGGAAGCUGCGCACACUGUGCUGUUGAGAAGCAGCUGCCCCAUCACCGUCCUGCCCUGGGAACCCUGCACUGCGGAGAGAUUCAACAUAUCCAUAGACUGGCGCCUGAAGGAAUUUGCCACUAGGGCAAAGGAUGCCAAGCAUCCGGCCAUUACGAUGCUCAACAAAGUGGAGGCCGCUCAGUGGCUACCCACGACCGAGGCGUACGAGACGUGGAAUCCCUGCGAUGCUCUGGUAGUGGCCGUGUGGCUCUUCGGAGACCGGUUCAUACGCAAGCACAGUACCUGGCAUGCGACUGUUGACCCGGGGACCCACACCCGCGGCCAGAUGGUGCUCGAUCACCUGCGAGAGCGGGAAAAGCAUCCAGAGAAUGUGCGGAUCAUUGAGCACGUGGACGCGGAGUUCUUUAAGCGGAUUUGCGAGUGGAUUGCCGGCCUGGAUGAUGACAGCAAUCUGCUGCGGGACACGCAAUAAUAAAUCCAUAUCUGUAGUAAUAUUCGCGCUUUUUUUGCAUUGUUUUAUCAAAUUUUUAUUUGCUCCUAUUUCAUUU